AACACAACACAGAACAUUCACACAAUGAUUGUGUAGUGUCGUAACCUCUCCUAUAGUUGUUGUUUUAUACAUGCGCAAGGUGCACUGUCUUGUAUCGACACUACCACCACCACCACCACAGAGCGAGCCGCCAUGCACUGCCAAGCCGAGGUGAGGCUCUCCUCCCCGGGCCAGCUGAAGGCUGCCAGGCGGCGCUACAAGACCUUCAUGAUAGACGAGAUUCUCUCCAAGGAGGCUUGUGAUUACUUUGAGAAGUUCUCCCUUUACUCCGUGUGUCCGUCGCUCAUUGUGCGGCCGAAGCCUCUGCACUCUUGUUCGGGGCCCUCGCCACUUCGCGCCUACCCGCUCCUCUCCGUCAUCACGCGGCAGCCUCCCAGCCUCCCCCGGCCGCCGUCCCCGGGCGGACUCCCGCCGCACCUGCCCCUGCUGUCGCCGCAGCACGGCUGCGGCUCCGAGGCGUCGCCCUGCAGCCAGACGGCGCUCAGCGUCAGCAGCGAGUCGGAGGCGGAGCGCGGCACGCCGCGCCUCAAGAAGGCCCGUCGCAGCCGCACCAUCUUCACCGAGCUGCAGCUGAUGGGCCUGGAGAAGAAGUUCCAGAAGCAGAAGUACCUUUCCACGCCGGACAGGUUGGACUUGGCUCAGUCCCUCGGCCUCACACAGCUGCAGGUGAAGACCUGGUACCAAAACAGGCGCAUGAAGUGGAAAAAGAUGGUGCUCAAAGGAGGUCAGGAGGCGCCCACCAAGCCUAAGGGAAGACCCAAGAAGAACUCCAUCCCCACCACCGAGGAAAUCGAAGCCGAAGAGCGGCGGCUGAAGCAGGAGGAAGAGCAGCUGGGGGGCGUGACAAAAACCCAAACCACGCUUCAACUCCAGCCCGAAGACCUAAGCUACGGCCCUAACGCGACCCCGCAAAGUCACGGUACGGCGCGGGUGUUCGGGGAGCGAGCGGCGCCUCUCCUAAUAACCUCAGAGACUCCUGCAGAGAGCUAAGCAGCAGCAGCAACACCACCAAAGACUGAUACCACAACACCUGGAAACAAAUAGUGCCUCAGGAUCGCUGUAAAGGAAACGUGCCAUGCCUUUAAGGUCGUUUGUGACCCACAAACACGCAAUCCUUGUCACACGGGCUGGCUUUUUGUGCCACUCUCGGAAAUAUAAACACAAAACAAAGGCGCACACGUAGACAAAUGGACAAGUCGACGUUUUGCUUGAUGGCGGCCAUGUUUUGCAGCCAAUCUUGCUCAGAUUUUAGACACACCUGCUUGCCGGUCCACUAAAUUCAGCAUUAUUCGGCAAAACACCGGGAAGUUACUGCGGGAAUUUUUUUUUUUUUUUUUUUUUUACACUCUCAAAAAUAGCGGUACCAGUGGUUUACCUAAAAGGACACAGUGGGUAUCUUUUUGUAAGACAUUUUUGACAUCUUUGUAACUUAUUAUUAAAUGCUUCGCCUCUCAAAUAGUUGAUAGUGCCAGGAUGACGCAAACUUGGGCUUGAACCCUUCAUUAAAUAAGAGAAUAAACACUCUAUUGGGCCUGGGCCGAUCAAUACAUUAAUUAAUGGAACAAUAAUUAAAAGAAAUUUUGAAAAAUGACCAAUGAUCAUCUUCGUCUGUUGCUCUGCGAGAGGGUUCACUCGGUGCAUUGCUUUGAGCACCUGAGCCCAUUUGUUCAAUAGCAGAAUUAAAUUAACAGAGUGAACCCUCUUGUCAUCCAUCCACAAUCUUUGUCUCCGUGGGCGAAGGCGGGACUAGAAUAUAUCGGCUUCAAACAGAAUGAGCCAGUUUAAUUUUUUCUAACAGAAAUUGAGAGUCCAUGUUAUUUUUAUGUUUGUUUACUUGUGAUAAUUAAAAAAGUAUUGACCUUCCACUUACAAUGGUAAAAAAAUACUAAUGGUAAAAAAAAAAAAAAGUAUUCCAUUCGGAAAGGUAACUUUCUUUAUUAUUAUUUUUCGUGCUUGAGUUGGUCUCGAAAUAAAGCUGACAAUAAUAUUUUUUUUAUCUGCAAUAAUUUGCUCAGCAAAACGUGUUAUCGGCCCAAGCCAGAGCUCAUUACACAACAGUAGGUCAAAUCAUGAAGGAUGCAAUUGAAGAUAAAACACGAUCGUUUAAAAAUGAGGAAUAAAAGUGAAUAGGAUAGAGAUGACGGCAAUAGAAAAAUGUGUUAUUGAUAUUACAGUGGGGAAAAUAUUCAUACGGGCCCAAUUCUUGGGUGUAUUUCACCUGGGUGGAAGACAAAGUUAAUGCAGUCUGCUGAAAAUGAUGGAAAGCACCGUUCUUCAAAGCAACUGACGGUGUAGUCAAAGUUAAAAUUUGCCUCAAAACACAUUUUAAGAUAUAUAACACUCUACUGCCAUCUGGAUAGUGCAUUCCCCUAAUUCGUCAAGAUUCAUGUGUCAGGUAAACUACUAUGAGUAUGCCUUAUCUAAAAUACUACUAGUAACAUGUACUGUCAAUGAGCUAAACAUAUUUGUAAUGCAGAGGGAACCUAAGUACGUACUUUAUAUCACCUUUUACUCUUUUUGGUUUAUACCAGUGGUUCUUAACCUUGUUGGAGGUACCGAACCCCACCAGUUUCAUAUGCGCAUUCACCGAACCCUUCUUUAGUGAAAAAUAAAAUGUUUUUUUUUUUUUUUUUAAUUCAAGACAAAGCUAUACGUUUUUGGUAACACUUUAGUAUGGGGAAUAUAUUCUAAGUUACAAAGACUUAAUUUAGAGUUUUUUGGACACUAGGGGAACAUAUUCUAAGUAACAAAGACUUAAUUUAGAGUUAUUUGGUUAGGGUUAGGGUUAAAGGGUUAGGGCCAGGGUUAAAAGGUUAGGGUUAAAAUAAGGCCAUACAAAUGACUUAAUAAGUACUUAAUAAUGACUAGUUAAGAGCCAAUAUGUUACUAAUUUGCAUGUUAAUAAGCAACUAAUUAAUGGUGAAUAUGUUCCCCAUACUAAAGUGUUACCAUGUUUUAUUACUGGUGCACAAAAUGAACCGUGCAUGAACAUCACCUUGUUCAAAGACCAAAACCAACACAGUGCAUAAACUCAUAACAAAUUACACACCUGCAAAUCAGCCUGACUUCUGCUGUUGCCGUAUCCGUAAUACGCCGAUAGGGAGAAGUUUUUAUUUACACGAUGAGUCGGGUGUGUUUUGACCUGCGCCGAACCCCUGAGGCCGACUCACCGAACCCCUAGGGUUCGAUCGAACCCAGGUUAAGAACCACUGGUUUAUACAAAUAAAUACUUCUGGCCUUGGAAAGACCAAAUAUUAUACUUUGGAGAAAACAUUCUUGAAAAAUGUCCUUAUUGGUACAGAAAUGUUCUUGUCUUUUUAUUCUAUUUUUGAGAGUGUAGAGAAAUUUCAAGUCAGCAAAUAAUAGCACAGGCAUGCGUGUUUCGACCAAUUUUUACCACUGUGUGUGCAUAUCUCCCCCUGCCUGUUGGAGGUUGCAUUGCAGCGGUGAAGCUGUCACCUUCCAGGGAAAAAGAAACCACCUCAUUUAUUAUUUAUUCACACAAAAAAAAGUCACGCGAUAGAACAAAUAGUGUGUUGACCCGUCACUACGCGAUAUUUAUUGUUGCAGAAUCCACCGAUUGUGUCACCGAUCUUGCCUCACGUGAUGCUCACGUCAAAAAUAUUAGAAAUUGCCUUACUAUGCUGUAACCAUGUAGCACUGCCAAAAACGAUAUAUCAACAUAUAACAAAUGGCUAUUGUGCCUUGUCGGUCUCAAAGGGAAGCAUUUUUUUGUGGGUGCAACAAAUACACUGUAUCAUACUGUAGAAAUAUGUGUACAUGAUAAGCUGUAUGUGUACUGCAGUAUUUUAACUGCUGUUUGAAAAGGGAUGAUUAUAAAUAGUUUGUAUAUGUCUCAGACUUCCAGUCCUUUGCGGUGUCAGGACGGCUCCUCUUUUCUGCCACAAAAAAAAGCCAUUAGCGACUUUUUAAGUUGUCGAGAUUUCUCAGAGGAAAUAAAUCACAGCCGCUUGCCUAACAGUCGACAUUUUAAGUGUCGGACAUUCUCAGCCUGCAGGCUUUUUGUUGUUUUCGUUGCUGUUUUUGUUUCUUUACACCGCUCGUGACCGACUUUGCUUCCCCUCUACGCCUUGUAAACUUUUUGAGUUCCGUAUGCACAGAUGCAGUAUUUUUCUGAUUUGUAAAUAAAUAAAGCUUGUUUGUUGA